UCCGCCGCGGUGCGGGCGAAGGAGGGCGGACGGUGGCGAUACGAUUUCAUGACGAUGAACGUCACUCUCGGCGUGGGGGCCGCCGCCGGCUUCGCGGCGCUCUCCGUAGGCAGGAAGCGCUGGACAUGGAUGCGGCGUCACCCUGUGGGCGGCCUUGCCGUCAGCCUGCUUGUCUUCCUCACCGCCACGGUAGCGUCCCGCCAGGCCAUCAGGGUCCUCGGUGUCGGGGUGGUGACGGCGCACAAUAGCCACAAGAAGGCUCUUACGCAGCUCAACUGCGCCGACUGCUUCGACGAUGUCAACAGCUACACUGCCCAGCAGGUGGAGGAGCUGCAGAAGCAGGAGCUGCCGCGGCAGCCAGGUAUGCCCCCGCCGCCGGAGGAGUUUGUGCGGCGUUUCGAGCGGGGUACGCAGCUGCAGGUGAAGCUGCUGCAGGCGGACAUUGAUGAGGUGCGGGCGGCAAAGCGGCGCAUCGGUGCCCACCUCUGUGAUGUGCACCGCCACCUUCGCGAGGACGCGACGUACGCGGAUACAGCCAUCCUGCCGAUCUCCCGUGUAGACGUCCAGCGUGCCAGCGAACGCGCCCGCGCUGAGGCAGCGGCGGCAAAGACGGAUUGA